AAAUCCAUUGUUUAAUGAUGGAAAUACAUAUUAUCUUUAACCUCAUCACUAUAUAAACGAUUUCAAAGAUAUUUAAUUAUGAUAUUUAUACGAUAUCGCUAGCAAGAUAAUACAACAACUUUUAGUAUACAUUCGUUUGGACAACGUGAACAAAGACGCAUAACAGUACUUUUGUAAUCGGUUCAAGUUAAUAGAGAGUCCCUUUAUCUAUUUCCGUCCUUUAUGUAUAAUAGUUCAGUGCUACUGUGCUCUGUGAUCGACACAAACGAACCUUCCUAUUUAUUAAAAUGUCUGGAUCACAAAGAACUACCGAAAUCAGAACUGAUAAAUGGAAAUAUUUCGUCUGCUUUGGGAUGGUUGUCAUAUUUUUCUUUUCAGAUAGCUGGAAUCGGCCAAGUCAACUCAUUUGGUCUCAUAUUCAGAGAUUUUAUCAUUGAAACUGAUUCUAGUGCCAAAUGGAUAGCAACUGCGCAUGGAAUUUUUUCCAUAAUGUUGGCUAUUGGAGGUUUGAUUCUAAAUGUUAUGGCGAAAAAAUAUUCCCUCAGAUCUGUGGGAUUUAUUGGUGCACUGUUAACUUCUUUGGGUUCAUUUUUAACAGUAUUCAUAAAUAAUACAAAUCAAAUACCUUUAACAUUCGGAAUUCUUCAAGGAAUCGGAUUUGGGAUAAUUGCCCCCGUUUGCUAUUCAACGUUCAACUGUUAUUUCACAAAGGACAGAACACGGGCUAUGAGUUUGAUAAAAGCUAUUCAAGGAAUAAUUUUGGUUUGUUAUCCUCAAAUUCUAAAAAUCCUGCUAUCAUACUACGGGUUCAGAUCAACCUUGCUCAUCAUAACUGGAGUAGCUUUACAUACCUUUCCUGGAAUCGCAAUAAUGAACGCUAAUCCGAGCUUCCGCAAAAAAAAAUCAGCAAAUAUUAACAAUGGCAAUAAAAUAAAAGGAGGAGAGGAUGUUGGUUUAAUUUCCAAUCCAGAAAUAGUGGACAGAGAUGUUAACAGAACGAAAGAAAAUAAAAAGCCAAAUCCCGGUUUUGGUAACAUCAUUCUGGAAGUCUUAAACGUUAAAAUACUGAAAGACCCGAUUUUCUGCAACAUCAGUAUUGGCCAAAGCUUUGUAAAUUUUUCUGAUUUGCUUUUUUUCAUUCUGGAACCAAUGCUUUUAUAUCAAUACGGAUUUGAUACGAAUCAAGUAGCAGCCUGCAUAUCUAUUAGCGCUGGGGCCGACGUAGCAGGGCGCUUUGCGUUGGCUGUUAUAAGCAGUAUGAUGUCUGUAAACACCAGAUUGCUUUUUUUCGUCACCACACUCCUCACGCUUCUUUUCAGAAUUGUAAUAUUGCAAGUUAGACAAUUCAUAUGGGUUUCGUUAUUGACCGGUUUCCUUGGUGUACUGCGAGCAUGGCUACAUGUAUCAAGUCCCCUGGUAAUUUCGGAUCACAUACCACACGAGGACUUCACAGCAGCAUAUGCGGUUUUCAUGCUUAGCACUGGUAUUGUGAAUGCUGUUACGUCACCAAUAAUAGGCUUAACAAAGGAAUUUUACAAUGACUAUAUCCCAGCUUUUUACGUGUUAUGCUCAUGCUGUAUGCCGUGUUUAGUUUUAUGGUCAGUAGAAUAUUAUAUACGGAUGUGUAGAAAUAACAAUAUGGCGACCUUAAAUCAAAAUAUUUUCUAAUGAUAACAUUCUGUUAUUUCAAGUCUUGUAAGGACUUAAUGUUUUAUAUUUCAAUACUUUAUGUAACCGAAAAAUUAGAUUGUAGACUUGUAGUAUUUAUAGCUUAAGUUCCUUAGUAAUAAAGGUUAGUUUAUUAAAAGUUUUUUUUAAUACUAAAUGAGAGGCGAAGACGAGUGUACCAAUAUUAAUAUUGUGUAUUAAAAUCUUUAUUUUAUAGAUGUUUUUUUUUUUGCUUAAUUUGCUAAAAAUAGGAGCGCACUAUAUUCUAAGAUUCAUAUCAAGAGGCUAGCUAAAAUUCGAUGAUCAAAAGUCUCGCCUCGUAAUUAUACCCAGGGUCGCUGGAACACAGCGUUUGAGGUCAAGGGUCGUCUGGGCCUCAAGGAGGCCUUGGUUCUCAGUUAUUUUUUAUUUUCUUUAAAGUAUCUGACAUACUUAAAAUUUACAAAAUUUAUAAUUAUAAAGCCUUUCAAAGUUCAUCAAUUAUUUUUAUGGCGUUAGUAAUAAACAGAUAAAACUAAUAAAUAUACGAAACAAAUUAAAAACUAA